AUGGUCAACAUGACCUGCCCCACCAUCCCGGACAAGCCCACCGAUCCCAAGCCCUUCUUCGCCAAUGGUCAGAUCGACUUCAAGGCGCACGACGUCGGCUGGCUCAUCUGCGGCAUCAUGGCGCUCAUCGCCACCAUCUCGUCCUCAUGGCUCAUCUGGAAGCACCUCACCUACUACACCUGCCCCCAGCAACAGCGACACAUCGUUCGACUCCUCAUCAUGGUACCCAUCUACGCGAUUGUCUCGUUCAUGUCAUACCUAUUCUACGAGCAGGCGCUCUACUACCAGACCAUUCGUGACUGCUACGAGGCUGUCCUCGUUACUUCGUUCUUCUAUCUCAUCCUGGCUUAUACGGGCGAUACGCGUGCAGAGCAGCAUGCAGUGUUUCGCAACCUCGAUGUCGGCGAUCGCUUCUGGGUGUGGCCGCUGGGGCGUUGGAAGUACAGGCCCGAGGGAUUGCACUUUCUGUGGCUCAUGAAGAUCUGCGUGCUGCAGUACGCCAUCAUCCGACCACUGUGCACUUUCAUUGCUGUUGGAACCGAGUAUUUUGGCUACUACUGUUUACACAGCUGGAUGCCGUGGUUCACGCAUGUCUGGUGUGCGCUGCUCAUCAGCAUCUCUGUGACGGUGGCCAUGUACUGUCUCAUUCAGCUCUACAUGCCAGUGCGCAAACUUGUCGAUCCAUACAAGCCCGUACUCAAGUUUCUCUCGAUCAAGACCAUCGUCUUCCUCACCUUCUGGCAGGACACACUCCUCUCGUUUCUCGUCAGCUUCGGCGCCAUCAAAGAGACUGACUACUUCACAGCAGAGCAGAUCCAGGCUGGCAUCAAUGCGCUGCUGCAGUGUUUCUGGAUGCUUCUGUUUGGGUUCAUCCACAUCAAGGCGUUUAGCUAUCUGCCCUAUCGUCCCGAAGAUCGCGCACGCACGACCAAGAGGGGCAAGGCGUUGCUCGACUCGCUCGACUUCCGCGACUGGUUCUACGAGAUGAAGGAGAGCACUCGCUAUGUCGCCGCCAGAUCCAAGGGCAGGAACUACACGCUGGCAGAAGACCUGCGUGCCAAGCGCCACGAACAUCUGCUCAAUGCGUUCGGCAAGCAUCGCACCGCCAACCUCGAGACCGAGAUCGAUGUGGAAAAGGCCACCAUGCCGACGUUUUGGAAGAAUCCGGAGGAUGCGCAGUUCUGGACACCUGGCGAUGACUCGAAGCACACCGCAUCGUACGUCAAGACGCACACUGCGGAUGAUUCGAUGCCAAGUCAAGGUAGACCAUCUGCUGCUCGUGACGGUGGCAGGCUAGUUGAGCACCCGCGCGAAGCUCAUGCCCAACGAGCCGCCGAGUUGCAGAGACUGGUCGCUGAGCUCGACCUGCAGGAGGUCGAUCAGUCCAUCGUCGGUGUUCAAGAUCACGAAUACGGGUAUGACGAUGAGAGGUACGAACGCGCUGCACUCAUCCACCAGCAUCACGAGCCUACCUCUCGAGCUUUCCACCACCUCGACUCGCCAGGCAAAGACGACGAUAAGCACCCGGAGCUCACUCAGUACCAUGCUGCGACCGUUCAACUCGCCAACAUUCCCUCGCUGACCUACGACCAAGCCGAGACGCCACACGCUGCCGAUGCGGUGCAAGAGGAGGACGCAGCAGCACCAGCAGCACACGCGCGACAGAGCUCUCGCACUGCACCCGGUGUAGGUGCCUUUGGCAUCGCCUCUUGGUUCGGUUGGAACAGCAGCACAGACCCACACGAAACGCAGCAGCAGCGCACGGGGAACAGCGCCGCUAACGGCUAUCUCCAGCCGGGCGAAACGUACGGAGCAGAUGCACAGCUGCGGUCACCCGACGCUGAGGGCACAAACUGGUGGCGCAACUACUGGGACCGUGUUUCGCACGCAGGUAGCCGCGAGCCGUCCGUUGCCGGAAUCGAAGACGACGAAAAGGAGACAGCUGCCCCACCGGCAGUCAUGCGCCAGGUCACGGCAGGAUCGUGGGGUAUCGAGAACAUCAUUCAGCAGGCGCAACAACAGCAAUCACGCUUUGAACGUCAGGCCGCAGGAGAAAGCAUGUCCGGACCGCUUGCUGCUCCUCCGGCUCUCCGGAUCGAAACGCGUGGCAAGCACGCAGGGCACAUGAGCCUGGACAGCACAGCAUCGCCCUCCUCGAUAAUCAGUCCACACACCGAUUCGCCGCUGUCGCGACUGAUUCAGACGUCGCGCGAUUCGUUCAGCUCGCUCAACCGCGACGAAGUGCGAGAGCAGCUUGCUGCAUCGUCCUCGAACUUGAGCCCGAGAAAGGCCGAUGCGGCGGCAACGACGACGACGGCGAAUCCGACGAUCAGAGCGGUGACGGCAACGUCUCGCCCAACAGUCGCGCCUAGGGCGUCGUCCUUUGCCGCCGCGUCAUCGAAACAGGCCAGUGUCAGCCGAGUCACUUCGACAACUACUCGAUCCGGUACCGCCGCCGAAGCAGCAGCAGCGAUGCCGCUCGCCUCAGCAGACAUGUCAUCGACGACGACGGGGAGCACCGCAAAGCAUCCGAUCGUGUUUGCAGACGCCCUCGUCGAGCAGCCUGUUGCGGAAGACGAUCCAGUUGCCACAGAGGUAGCCGCCAAGCCGCUGCCACCGGCUGUCGGUCCCAAGGGCAAACUGUUCAACCUCGUUCUGCCGUCGCCUCUGUCGCCAGCCCGGUAUCCGUACGGUAAAGAGGGUGAAGCUGCGCCGGAGGAGAACAAAAGUGGGUCGUCGAAGCACCAGCCUCAGCGGCAAAACAGCGAAGCUAACGACGGAGCAGGGACGCUGAAGUGGGUAAACCAGAGCAAACCACAGAAAUUUUCCGCGACUGAAGCGUCCUCGGUCGAUGCGGCGGCGGUGAAGCUGCCCAAGGGCAAGAACGUCAUCACUGUGGGAGGGAUGAGUCUUGCGCAAGCCAAAGCGGCGCAGGAAAAGGCUGAUACUCAAGCACAUGCCCAACAGCAGCAGGAGCAAUCUCGUACACGUUCCACCGCCGCGCCUGUCUCAGCACCAAAGUCGAUCCUGCUCGAAGGCACGACCGCCAAGCGAGAGGGGAAGCUGGUCUUGCCCGCACCCUCCCGGUUCACGGGCGCGGGUGAAGAUCCGUACCUCGCUGGGCGGAGCGCUGUUGUCGACCGACGCCCCCCUGCCGCCAACAGACAAGCCAGUGGCGGUCUCAAGAGCGCCACGAGCGUCGUCACCUCCUCGGCGCAGACGAAAAUGUCGUCGGCAACGACGUUUGAAGUGGGCAGCAUCGUCCCGCGCCAAGCUGUGCGUGCAUCCAUGUCGCCAAGCACGACUGCACCGCCGUUGAGCGGCUACUACGAGUCCCUCCGGCGAUCCCACGUUGACGUUGGUGGGUCCAACGGCAGUGGUGCACAACAACAGCAGCAGCAGAGGCACUCGUACGUGCCGAGUGUACACGGCCCGCCCAUGCUGCCGCCCCACCCUGGCCUCCACCUGCAGCAGCAGCCGCGAGCAACUUACUCUCCUUCACACGCUCCUCCGCAAGCAGCACAGUUCGCACCCGCAUCGCACCUCGGUCGCCCCGUGCACGCACCCGCUCUACACAGGCAAUACCCGGAGGCACAGCAGCCCUCAUACCCUAACCCGCAACACCAGCCAAACCGCGUCCAGCAGACAAGCCGACAAUUCCAGUUUGAAUACUAUCAAGACUAA